AUGGCUGCCCCUCGGAGCUCCCUCAGCUCCUCCGAAGCCUCCCAUGAGGUGGCUUCGUUCACGGGAAGCGAUGUAAAUCCACAGGCCCUUCAAGGUGACAGACAAUCGUUUCUCCAGAAGGUGUCCUCGACUGCAUCCAACCUUUUGUCCAGCACCAGGGCUCGUACCCACAGCGUCACCUCGGCGGUCGCUGGCUUGGAAAACUUCGGAUACAAUGGUGAGUUGUAUGGUGUGACGCUAGAACCGGAAGAGGCCGACGAAGACGAGGAGCUGCAGGUGGCAACGAAAUCCGAGGCUUCCUCGGGCUCUCAGGAAGGCGUGGAGCCCGGCGUCGAGGGUUUGGAUGAGAAGUUGGCCGUAGACGAAGGGGUGUCCACAAAGAAGGACCGCUUCUGGAGUAGCAAUUUGCAUGAGACACGGACGGUGAUCUACCGGACGCUUCUCACCAACUAUGUGUUUUUGAUUUUGGGGUUUGCCAUUUGUCUCUGUAUCUAUUGGGGUAGUUUCUUUGGCCGCGCGGGCCGCUUGAAGAACCUCCAUUAUUUGGUGGUAGAUGGUGACGGAGAGGUGGAGAAGCUUCCUCCGGUGCUUGGAACUGUAGUCACGAAGUUUUUCUCGAGCCCGAAGUUGGCUCCGUACGGAACGUUCAAGGUGUUGAACUAUACCGAGUCCGUGCAGAUGGCCAGCGCCGCUAACAUGACGUUGGAGCAAUAUGCGCAACAUCAAGUGUACGUGCAGAAGUACAGUGCUGCUUAUUUUGUCAGAAACAAUGCUACCGCAAUCAUGUACCGGAUGCUCGCGACUGCCAACAGCUCCUUUAGUCCCUCCAGAGAGCUCUUGGCUGUGUACUACGAAACUGGUAGUGACUACAACAAGGUGGCCAACUACGUGAUUCCCGUGACGCAGCUGAUUGCGUUGCAGUUCGGUGAGAUCAUGCGUACGGUGAAGUGGAAUCAGUUUUGGUUCACGGUGUUGAACUCGACGCAGAUUUCACAGGUCAUGAACAAUGCUCCCUCGCUCUUCACAUCGCUUCCUAGCUUCAAACUUGUAGACAACCUUCCUGUGAAGAAGGCUGUGUACCAAGCCCCUUUGCAGAUUGGUCUCAUUUACCUCUGUGUGUUCACCUUCUUCCAGUUUGUGUUCACAUACCCUGUGCAACUUGAGUUGGCUUCGAAGCUCACUCCCGCAAGAUUUGUGGCGGUGAGAAUGUUUUUGGCUCAGGGCGCUUACUUCCUUUUGAGUUUGGCUUACAUUGUCCUCAACACUGCCUUCCAAAUGAAUUUCACUGCCACUUUCGGAUACCUGGGCUUCCUUGUCAUUUGGAUGUUUGCCUUCUUGACCAUGUCGUCGAUUGGGUCGAUCAUGGAGGCGUUGGUGCUCGUUUGUUUCAUCUUCAAGCCUGCUUGUAUCGGUUUGGUGAUCUUGUUCGUAGCAGUGACCAACUUGGCCCCCACAAUCUCGCCAAUUCCAUUGUGCCCUACUUUCUACCGUUAUGGUUACGCCAUGCCGGUGUUCAAUUCGUACCAUCUCAUGAACAUUGCCUAUUUUAACUCGUGGAAGGGUGACAUGGGUAGAUACAUCGGAAUCCUCGUGGCAUGGAGUGUGGUCAGCAAUCUCUGCAUGCCCUUCGUGAUGAUGUACGCAUCCAAGGUCAUGAAGAAAAGAAAGGCUGCUGCUGCAACCAUACCAGUUGGGGCUACUGUUGCUGGUGCCUCUGGUUAG